CGUCCGGCAGUAUUGCCAAAAAAGGUACGACGGCAGUCGCUUUCGCCUCCCGAGGAUCCAUCGGACACCAGUUUGUCUUCUCAGCAGCCACCGACCAGCUUUUUUUCUUCACCCAAGAAUACUACAGUGCAGAAGAACAGUAGCAAUCGUGUUGCCUCUGCAGUGAGCGACUGCGAACGAAUCUCAUCAGAGCCGAAUGUCACAGGUAGCAAAUCGGAGACAGGCAGCAGCAAUCCCAACACAGAUCGGCCAACAAAUAACAAUGUUUCUAGCCUGAAUAGUCGUAGCUUUUCUGCGAUCCAACCGAGCCGCGAUUGGUCUGAGGAGUUUCCAGCACCACGUUCUUUGGAAGAAUGCGAUAAAUAUUACAGCAAAUUUCUGCUGUAUUUUUGCUUUCUUCCUCUUCGUGCUUUGGGCUGGAACGACUUGCUGCUGCUCACGGUUGAGCUGUUUCAGGAAGAAUACCCAAAGUAUUUGACGUAUUUCAAUUAUCUUACGAAAGUUGCGAAGGAAUUCAGUGAACUGGAGAAAAAAUUGCAUCAGGCAGAACCACGUUCCGCCGAACGUCAUGAGGUUAAUCACUCAUUUUUGGCUGAUUACAUCUCGGAGUCGUACAAACAUAGUUUUUUGGUUGGGCGCUAA